UCAGUUCAUAGCGAUUCAUUUUUUAUUUGAAGAUAUUGGAUGCAACAGGCCAGACACUCUGGCGACACAAACCAUCGUCUCUCCCACUCCCCGAUUCUCAGGUUCUCUCCGCUGGCUGGUUGGUUCACUCUCUUGGACUCUCUCCGACGACUGUCGACGGUCUCUCGGCCAGUUUUGGGCCACUCCAAGCCAAAUCCCGUGUGGGCCACUCGAGCAGUCGAGUUCGGACUCGGCGUCGAUCGGUUUAGUUUUUUGCUUGGCCAUAUAAAUUUUUGUGUUUUUGUAUUUUUUUAUUUUUCGAGCGCUUUUCCAAUCCAAUCGAAUUGAAUCGAAUCGGAAACUGCGGCAAAAAUCGCACACAACCAGAGGCAUUAUAUAAAGACGAUAUCUGCUGUUGAAACACCUUAAUGCAGACGCACACAAUAGGUAGCUGCUACCUAUACCUAUUGCCUAUAAAUAGACCAGCGGGAAUCGGUAAAUAAAUAAAUCGGAAAGGCGGAAAGGCGGCAAGUCGGCAAAGUAAAUCGGAAAGUUCUGGGAAUAAAAUUAAAUUGCGACUUUGCGAAAAAAGUGUGUGUUUGCUGGCCGGAUUAUAAGCGGAAUAUAAUGAAAUAAUUGAAAAAUCUAACUAUAAUGCGAAAGGUGCUAAAUUCAAAAACAAUACAAUAAAUAAACAAUUAAGUUAUUGUAAAAAAUAAACGAAAAAGACCAGGUUAUAUAUUCGAAGAAAAGUGAAAUGUCUUCCAAAUGCAUUUUAUUUCUCACCUGGCUGUCGAUUCUAUUUGCGACAGGAACGACGGAAGAUCAAGCGCAGAUCAAGCUGCCCGCCUGCGUCGCCAAAGUGGGAGAGUGCGAUGAUAAGGAGGGUGUCGUCUGUGGCACUGACGGCCAGACCUAUCCCACCAGGUGUCACCUGCUAAGGGCCCAGUGCUGGGGUCAAGAGGUCAGCUUCAAGUAUCAAGGAUCCUGCAAGGGUUGCCUGGAGGCCCUAAAGUAUGCUCGCCGGCAGAAGCUCCGUAAUCCGAACUCCUUUGUGCCCAGGUGCCGGAAGGAUGGCAACUAUGCUGCCGUUCAGUGCAUGGGCGCCAACAACUGCUGGUGCGCCGACAGCAUGGGCAGACCCAUCAAGGAGGACCAAUCUGCCCGAACCCGCCGGGGCAAGCCGCGUUGCCGGCUGAACAGCAAGUGGCGACGUCUGGCCCUGCAUCAGAUCGGCUUCAAGCCGGACAUAGCUGCCGCCUCCAAGGGUAGCACGGAGGUGGGAACCGGUGGGGCUCAGAGGUCGUGCAGCAAGACGGAUCGUGCCACAUUCAACGGUAAUUUGAUGCGGAUUUUUCGCAAGGAGGCAGUGAGCUCGGGUCGUCCGCAGUCCAUGCCAGAUGCCGCCGUCCUGGACUGGAAGUUUUCGAAACUGGACUCGAAUGGCAACCAACAGCUGGAUCGCCAGGAACUCCGUGAUCUUAAGAAGAUUCUCAAGCGAUCUGUGAAGCCUCGAAGAUGUGGUCGCGCCUUUGGAAAAUACUGUGAUAUCUUUAAGGACGAUAACCUAACCCGACUGGAGUGGAGCACUUGUCUGGCCAACGAUUCAAUCAAUCGUAGCGCCAUCAUGAAUAUGCUAGCGAGCAGUCCGCUUCCACAAUCCACCCACUACCGCAUUCAUGGCAACCAUCGGGAUCAUACAAACACCAAUGUCAUCAGCAAUCCGCCCACAUACUCCGAGGAUGUGAGUGGUAGCGAAGAGCGCGAGGAUAACUACGAGGACUCUGGCUAUGUGGGCGAGGACGAGGAUACCGAUACAGCAUUUCGAUUACCAAACUCAAGCACUCUCAUGCCGUCAUUAUAUAUGCUGAAUUCCAAGACGGAGACCACCAGUCAGGAUACUGAAAGCGAACCCAACUGCUGGAUGGAUAAGGAUGUGGCUCUGGAAGAACAAGCUAGAGGCGGAAAGAGUCGCUUCUAUGUGCCGGAGUGCAUGCCGGAUGGUCGGUAUCAACGUAUCCAGUGCUACAGUUCCACUCCCUACUGCUGGUGCGUCAACGAGGACACUGGGAAGAGUAUUUCUGGCACUCUGGUAAAGAACACUCGACCCCAGUGCGAAGAGGAGGUGGUAGUGCGGCCCAUGAAAGGAUGCACUGAGCCGCGGAAGACGCAGUUCCUCAAGGAUCUCAAGGCCUUUCUUAAAACAAGGAUGCUGCCCAGCGGCACCACCUUCUCUAAUGCCUCGACAUGGAAAUCGGAGGAUGAGCAGAUCGCCACUCUCAGCUUCGUCUACCUGGACCAGAACAAGAACAAACUCUGGGAACGUCGAGAGUGGAAAGUCUUUCGAGAUUUGGUCACUAGUGCCAGUCACCUGCGCAGGUGUGGCAAGAAGAUGCCCCGCUACUGCGACGUAAAUGGGGACAAAAAGAUCUCACUGGCCGAGUGGCUCAACUGUCUGGAGUCGUCUCCGCGGUUGGAAAAGGCCACCACAGCCAAACCGGCACAGUCAAAUGAGACGGUGGCCAGUUCGAAACUCACAGGAUUAAAUCCGGUGGAGCAUUAUCUGAAAGAUUAGUUUAUCGUUUCCCCGAUUUGUGCUGCUGCUAUUUGCUACUCAUUAGAUGUCGUUGUGCCAUGACACACACAAAACAUACACACACUACACCCCAAACCACACACAUUAGGGUGGAUUGAUUUUCUCAGUUUUCUAAAAGGUUUUCUAAAAUAUACAUCGAAAUAUUUUCAAAUUAAAUGAAAAAAAAUAAAUAUAAAAGUUUAUUUAAAAAUUCGUUAAAUAGUUGGUAGAGUUAAGGACUUCCCUAAAGAAAGUGUUGUUUCUUGUAUUAAAAUGUGAUUUAACUUAAAAAAUAUUAGAAGACUUCUGAAAGAAAAUCAAUCCAUCCUGAUCCACACACACACAUUCCUAGCAUAUAGAUUCUACGAUUUACAUGUGUAUGUUACUAAUUUUUAAUUAGUGUUGUAAAUAUUAUCUGACAUAAAUGUUUAAGCUUA